GCAGGCUGGCUUCCGCUUCCGGGUGGCGUUUCUCCGAGGCGCGCUGUUGAAGCUGAGUGGUCGCCAUGGAGCUUUCGGGCGAGUACGUCGGUUGUGACGGGGAGCCGCAGCGGCUACGAGUGUCCUGUGAGGCGUCGGGAGACGCGGACCCUCUCCAGAGCCUGUCGGCGGGCGUGGUCCGGAUGAAGGAGUUGGUAGCGGAGUUCUUCGGGACCCUAGUGGAGCAGGACGCGCAAGGCUUGGCGGAAGAUCCGGACGACGCUUUGGAUGGUGAUGAUGAAGAUGAUGCAGAAGAUGAAAAUAACUCUGGUAGAACUAACUCAGAUGGACCAUCUGCAAAACGUCCAAAGCCAGCAUCUUAACAAUAGUGUUAGGACAUUAAGACUGCUGCUAGGUUGAGUGUGAUGAUGCAUAUGUGUAAUCCCAGUUAAUUACACUGGCUGAGGCAGGAGAAUUCAAAGUUGGAGGCCAGCUUGUGUGCUGCAUGUCAAGACUUUGCCUCAAAACAAAAAGCCAAGAUAGCAGAGCGCUGCCAUUUCAUCACCUGCUGGAACUUACAGAAGACCUGUGCUCUAGUUGGGGAACUCAUUUCUUUUGUUUGAUUGGAACAAGUUCAUCACAGAGCAAACUUCCUUGUUUCUAACAAAGAAAAGUACAACAAAAGUUUGGGAGUGAACUCUUUUGUUUUCUCAUCCUAAAAUAAAAUGGAACCAUUCAUAGUGGAUGAAAUCUAAAUUGGCAAAUGAAUUUUUAUGUUUGUUUUUCUCCUUUAAAAUGAUCGUUGAGGGCUGGUGAGAUGGCUCAGUGGGUAAGAGCACCCGACUGCUCUUCCAAAGGUCCAAAGUUCAAAUCCCAGCAACCACAUGGUGGCUCACAACCAUCCGCAACAAGAUCUGAUGCCCUCUUCUGGAGUGUCUACAGACUACAGUGUAUUUACAUAUAAUAAUAAAAUAAAUCUUUAAAAAAAAAAAAAAAAAUGAUCGUUGAAUCAAAUGGUGUGUGUCUACAUCUUUCAGUGUUUAUAAAAGCUGCUUAUCAUAGUUCAUAGGCAAUUAAUAUUUAAAAGAAUCGAUAAGAGAAAUAUGAUUUGUGUGUGUGUAUAUACGUCUGUACAAGUAUAGAUGUGAGGUUCAAAUCAAUAAAAUACAUUGAUUGUAACUUA